CUUGCUUGGUGGGGCAAAGCACAGACUUCCUGUUUUGGCCACCGGUAACUCCCUGCCGUUCUCCCAGUCUUCCAGGAGCGUCCCCUGGCUGGCCCUUGGACCUGCGAAGGGGAAGUAGCAGGGAGCAAGCUCAGCAACCAGGAUGUUCACUGCGACACGGGCCUUGGAAGAGGCUCUUCUCCAGCACUUCAUGUACCAGAAGCUGGAGAUCUCCUAUGCCAUAUACAAGCCAUUUCCCUUCUUCGAAGGCCUCCGCGACAAAUCCUUCAUCACUGAGAGUAUGUACAGGGAAUCUCUGGAAGCCUGUAGCAACCUGGUCCCUGUAUCCAGAGUAGUGUACAACAUUCUCACCAAACUGGAGAAGACGUUUAAUCUGUCAUUUCUGGAGCUGUUGUUCAGCCAAAUUAACUUACGUGAAUACCCCAACCUGAUGAAGAUUUUCAAGAGCUUCAGAAGUGUUGUCAGUUCCUACGGAGGAUGGAAUAGAAACACGCCGAUCCUCCUUGAAGUCCCAGCCAACCCAGCGGAAAGAAGCUCCUGCCAGACCCUGCUGCCACUGCUCCCACCCCAGCGCCCCCCAGUGAGGCACCCGACCCCUGCACGCAGAGUCAGUGAGCUCAGGGUGCUGGCUGAGCCGUCCAGGCCUGCUGCCAAGGCUUUUUCCAGCUUCAUCCAGGAAGGAAGGACCAUUCCAGAAGACUCACAACAGAUGCCCAGCACUCCCCUUACCACGGUGCCAGUGUCCAGUGACAACCUGACCUCCCAAACCAAAGGUAAAGAAGAUGUUCAACAUGUGCACCGUGCUUCCUCAGCCCAUGGCUCAGUGGUAAGAAAUGAUGCUCCUGAACCCAAUGACCCAGAAGAGCCCCAGGAGGCAUCCAGCACACUGGCCAACAAGAAAGGAAAGAAAAGAAAAAGAAUUGUGCAGUCAGCUCCUAGAAAGAGACAACAGAACAAAAGCCUUCCACAAGGAACCACCUCACUUGGGCACGGAACCCAAGAGAAGCUCCAAGUGGUGAAUCAGGCAACUCAAAUGAAGAACGACUCAACCAGGGUCUCAAAGAUUGUGACAAGGGCCCAAAAGGCAAAGACUGAAUGUGCCCAAACGUCUGGACCUGAGGAGGUCAGUGAUGACAGUUCAAAAAUGAAUGAAGGAAAGGAACCCCGAGAGCCACCCAGCGCACUGCUAAAAAUCAUGCAAGAUCACCUGGCUAAUGAAAGUAAACUGUCUUUAGGGAAAUCUCCUGGAGAAAAGCAAAACACAAGAAAAAAACAUAGCUUGUCAAGUUCAAAAAGAAAACAGAAAAAAAAUCUCCCGAGAGGAACCACCUCACUUGGGCACGGAACCCAAGAGAAGCUCCAAGUGGUGAAUCAGGCAACUCAAAUGAAGGACGAUUCAACCAGGAUCUCAAAGAUCAUGACAAGGGCCCAAAAGGCAAAGACUGAAUGUGCCCAAACGUCUGGACCUGAGGAGAACAAAAAGAAAAAGGACGUCCAUUCAAGUUUAACGAGAACUUGUCAGAAAACUAUUCCCCAAAAGAAAAAAAACGAAGCUGAAACUGUGGAUUUCCUCUCUCCUGAACUUCCUGUGACCUGUGGUGAGGCAAAGGGGAUUUUAUAUAAGGAGAAAAUGGGAAAAGGAUCCUCAGAGAAGUGCAUUCAGAAUGAGGAGGGAGUUUGGCUCACACCAAGAGAAUUUGAAAUUGCAGGAAAAGGCACAAAUUCAGGGCACUGGAAGCGACAUGUGGUUUGCGGAGGACAGAGCAUAGAAAAGCUAAUGAAGUGGGAAAACGCGGAUGAAUGUGAGGUGUGCUGUAAAGGGGGAUCCCUACUCUGCUGCAACACUUGUCCGAGAGCCUUUCAUGAGGACUGUCACAUCCCGCCUGCGGAGGCUGACAGGAGCCCGUGGAGUUGCACCUUCUGCAGGAUGGAGGCGUCUCCAGGAAGUCAGGACUGUCACAAGGGAUCUGAGGUCCUGGAGAGACAGAUGCGCCCUGAGCAGCAAUUGAAAUGUGAAUUCCUCCUCUUGAAGGCCUACUGUCAUCCACAAAGCUCCUUCUUUGCGGAGACCCCACUUAAUAUUCGAGAUUAUGCUGAGCCCUUUAAGGAAGCCAUGUGGUUGGACCUGGUGAAGGAAAGGCUGACUGAGAAAGUCUAUACUGUGGCGUGGUUCGUACGGGACAUGCGCCUGAUCUUUCGCAACCAUAAAACAUUUUACAAGGCUUCCGACCUUGGUCAGGUUGGACUGGAUUUAGAGGCAACAUUUGAAAAGGAUCUCAAAGAGUUGCUCAGUUUUCAUGACACCGGUCAAAAGAGUUCCCAGGCUCCUCUUUGACCCUGUCCUGGAAGGACUGAGGCGCCCCAACUUCAGGGCCCAGAUGAUGGGACCCUUUUCGUCCUUGGAAUGCCAGUGAGCCUGGGAUGGGAUCGGCUGUCCUCUUGACAAAUCCAGAGACUUCACAGCGUUGUCAUCCCCUGCACUCCCUUUUAUUAUUCCUUUUUACAGCUAAAAGUUAUCCCUCACACUUUAAAAAAAAUUGAAUACUUCCUUGAUUCCAUUAAAUAUGCUUCAUAGUUCAUAUUCUCCUUGUUUCUCAUAAAUCGUUUUACAGUAGAUUUGUUUGACUCUGGAUCCAAACAAGUUCCACACAUGGCAUUGGCUAAUCUGUCUCUUAAGUCCCUUUUAAUCUAUAAAUUUGCCCCCUUUUAUCCUUGCCAUCUAUUCAUUGAAG